UACUUGAGGUACAAUUACACCUAUCGCGCACUGUACAGACCGUCAUAAUAUCAUUAUGAUACUCGACUCGCAGUUCUUGUCGCGUGCCCACAGAAUAUAUUAAUAUUUUAAACUUACUGCAAAGCAGAUACCUGAACACUCCUUCUCCUUUCGUUUCUCGACGUCGGCGACCGAACGACGAUAUAGCGAAGGCGUGCGACGCUGUUACACAACGCUUCGGCCUCGACGGGCCACCGCCACCACAGCCACUGCCACUUCCACCGCCGCCUCGUUCGACCAUUACACCGUACAGGCAUUGACUCUGCAGUCUUAGCUAGCGUACGGAGAUCCAAAGAAGUUUUUUCAGUGCACAUGACGACGGUAAAUAUUUGUUUUAUUCAAUAAUAUUCGCGCUUUCUCUAUAAGAUUUGUUUUCAUCAAACAAUAAUAGUUAAUACUUAGCUUUUCGUUACCCGUUAUAUUUUCUACGCAUGAUUCGAAUGUAACCGGUGUGCAUUUAUUAUUUUAAUAAUUAGUGCGUUGUAAGAGUAAAAUUAAAAAUACUAUACCGAGGAAGAAGCAACGGCUCACUGUACACAAUAACACACAUCAACCGUAAGAAAAUAUUUUAAUAAUAACCGAUAUUUUGUCUCUGUUUUCUUUUAUUUAAUAACAAAACCAUUAAAUCGGCAUAAGUGUGAGUGAGUUUGUAGCUUCCUUUAAAGAGUUUAAACGAAAAACGGUUUAUGUUAGUUUGUAAAUUAAUAUUUGAAUUGGUCGUAUUAUCAGUAUUCUCGACUGGUCAAGAGUUCCAGAAGUCGAUAAGGUCAUUGCCGCUGACACAUAAGUUUACAAUGUUUGCCGACAAGCGAUCGCCACACAGAAAUGCAGGUGGUGUCACCGCCACCACAAGCUUAUGACGAAAUAAUCUGCACCAUACAAUGUACUGGAUUCAUCAUUGGAAUCGAGGAAAACACCUGUGCAUGAUAUUUGUUGCAUGACGUACUCCAAGUUUUGUUUAAAAGUAUGAAACAAGCUACAAUUUGUCCAGAACACAGUUUAACUAUGUCGGUAUUGGUCAUCAUCUUCUCUGCUACUUUACUGGCUUUUGCGGGAACAACAGUGGCUCAAGGUCAGCAGAGAUUUUUUUCGCCUUCGUCCAAUAAUGGAAAUUUUGCUUUACCUCGAGUACAAUUUCAGGAAGAUACAAACAGUGCUGACCUGAACUUUCCUCAACGUAGACUAUCUUCUGCUGAUCCUUUACCACUACCUAAUCCUAGUUCAUCGAGUUUUUUUUCAUCCCAACAACAGCUUCCACCAGGAACAUUUACAAACUCUGGACCAUUUUCAAGACCACCGAAUGUCCAACCAUUUAUUUUAAACGGACAGCAAACACAGUUUCAACCACUUCGAAAUCCUGGUUCUUUAAGUUUCACUGAUGCUGUUUCACCGCCAUCUUUCUUCCAACAAGCGCCACAGCGUCCACUACCGCCACAACAACAACAACAACCACCAACACAACAGCAGUUUAAUUUUUUUCCAAGUAACUCUCAACAACAACGCUUUCGACCGGCUUUGCAACAACAACGCACGGAACAACCAGACUCUAUAGAAAACUUUGAUGAGCGUCAAAAUGCUCAGCCCUCGUUAAUAUUGCAACAAUCGAGCCAAGAAAGUUUUAAUAGUGAUUCUCCUCGUCGCCCUUUAUCUCAAACUAACGGAGUUAUACCGGUUUCCAGAAAUCCUCCACCUGCAGGUUCCAUUAGAUGGUGGAACCCCACAACGGCUGACUCAGAAUCAGUGGCUGUUAGUGAUGACGAUACAUCUGAUGGAAUUAACACAAAAGACGAUGCUGAAGAAUUAGUCCGUCAAAGACAAAACCAGCCCCCAAAACGUGGACGCGGUCAACCGCUACAGGCUAAGCGAAGACCCAUAACUACACCAGAGCCAUCUUCAAUUAUUAACCUAGAAGAACAGCAAGAACCAGCUGCCAUUGGAUUUACCGUGAUACAUGAUGAGAAUGAUGAUCGUUCAUCGUGGUCUCAACCAAUAAUUACUACACAUAGGCCACAACCUGGGCCAUCUGCUUUUCGAAAUAGAAAUCAACCUGCUGUAGUUUCAGGUUCGGCGAUAAAUCGGCGGCCUACCACAUUUAGUCCAUUAUCUGUUGUAGCAUCUUCUUCCACCACCAUACGAUCUGCCCCCCAGCAACCUUCAGGAUUAUCUGGGACAGUUAAUAGACAGCAACCAACUACAGUAAGAAGUAGAAAAUCUUCCUUGUUUUCUACAACCACUACUACGAUGAAUACUUUAGAUUACGAACAAGAAGAGGAAGACGAAGAGGAACAAACUGUUGAAGAAAAACGUCAAUUCCAACCACGAAAGUCUACAACAACAACAACACCACCCCCAGUUCCAAUUACUACACUGAGAACUGCCUUAAGACCAAGAAUAAAUUCUUUAACGACUUUGAUUCCACAACAACAACAACAACAACGAAUGAAAAAAAUUGUGAACAACCCAGCAAUAAUUCAAAGCAUAACUACUAGAAAGCCAACAACAACAAGUACUACUACAUUGGCUCCUUCAACAACCACAGAACAUCAAAUAGUAGACGAAUAUGAAGAAUAUGAAGAUAUAGAACACACAACAACAUCUUAUACAACUACUGAAUUACCAUUAAAUAAGAAGCAAACUAAAUUUCCAUUGGUAAAUCAAUCGUCUACGGUCACAAUAAACCAAAAAAAAAGUAAUAGUUCAAUAGCAACUACUGAAAGUUGGGUUGUAGUCGCAAGUGUACAAACUAGUAGAUCAGUCUCAUCAUCGUCGUCAAUGGUAGGAGGUGGAACAAAUAAGAAUCAUUCUGCGCAAGAGUCAACUGCGUCUACAGUACCUACUCCUACAACUAAACACAGAUUUAAUAAUAAACCUGCAAUAACAACUACUAGCACAACUACAGUAGAAAGUAUAAUUGAUAAAUUAGAUAGAGUUCAAUCAGAACUUUCAAAUGGUAUAUUAUAUGGUAGCUCUUCCAAUACAAAUAAUGGUAGUCGUAUUUUGAGUGAUAUGCAGAGCAGUGGUAAUAAUGAUGAUAAACGAAAUGAUGUAAUUAUAUCAUCGUUUACAACCCCGGACACUGAAAAAACAACUAAGACUCUGACAAGUACAAUGAUCCCAAUAACUACCUCAAGUACCAUUGUCACUUCGAGUAUUUCUAGUACUACCAUGUCUUCUAGCACUACCAUGGCUUCUAGUACUACAAGUGUUCCCAGUACCACUAAAAAAUCUGAAAAAGAAGAAGAAGACGAGAAUGAGGAUAAAGAAGAAGAAGACAAAGAAGAAGAAUCUGACGACUCUGAUAAAGAAACAACAUUUGUUCGAAAAUUUGUACCUUCUAAACAAAGAACUUCUACUGUCUCUUCUAUUACUACAACUAGCACAGUGAAACCAAUUCAAGUUGGAAAGAAAAAGAGCUUAAUAGAUUCUGUUAAAUUUGAUGAUUUAUUAACUAGUGGAUUACUCCCAGCUGGAUUUAGCGCGAAGCCACCUCCAGCUUACAAAUCUAAGACUAUUACAACUACAACUACAACUGAAAUACCUUCUCUAGUUACUAAUAACAUUAGUAGCCCUCAACCAAAAAAUAGUAGUAGUAUUUCUACUAAUACUACACCUAGUACAACUACAGCAAAAGCAAAAUCAUCAGGUUUGAACAUAAAAUUUGUUGAUGACUCAUCAGCAUUAGCUUCACUAUUACCACCAGGAUUUAAAUUAGAAGAUGCUAUUAAACCUGUCGAAAUUUUGUCACCUUCUUUACUACCGCCAGGAUUUAAACUACCAACUGAAAAUAUUGAAACCUCCAAUAAAAAUAAAGAACAAGAAUCGAUUGUGACAACUGUUGUUCCAACGACCGACGUUCCGUUAACUACUUCAACAACAACAAUCACUAGCAGUAGUACAUCAGGAAUAGUUUUCCCUAAUAGUGGAAAAGGAACAAAUAGCUCUGGAACCAGGAAACCAUUACCUUCUAGUAAAAAAAUGCAAGCUGCAGUUACUGUAGCGCCCACUAUUCAAAAGGGAUGGCCAGUUAGGGUUGUAACUGAGUUCACUGGUUGGUCUACUCCAUCAACAACGCCAUUAUCCAUCGAAAAAUUGUUACAACAGUCUAAAGCAGCUGAAUUAGCUGCUAUGACAUCUACUUUAGAGCCAACCACUAGCACUACUACUACUACCACGACUACUACAACUACAAUGAAACCACCUCCCACUACAACACCCGGCCAGUGUUCGGAAAGUGAUUCAGUAUGUGAACUUGUUGGUACACUGCGAAUAGUUGGUUCUGGAUCAGAGAAAUGGGUACCCGAGUUAUUAGACCACAAUACUGCAGAAUGGAGGUUACUAGCGAGCGAAAUUGAAACUCAGCUAGAUAAAGUAUACAGUAAAUCACCGGCAUUGAGCAAAUGGUAUAAGACAAUAACCAUCGAUUCAUUCAGCCCUGGAAGUAAUGCAAUCAGUGACGGAAAAUCUGAUAAAAAUGCUGGGGUUCUUGUUGAUUUCUUCGUGCAGCUUAAUCAACUUGGACGUACAGUCAGUACCGCUGACAUUCGACGUCUAUUUCAUGAAACAUUACAGAAAGAAGGAAAUCUAGGAUCAUCCGCACAACCAUUACAAUACGGAAAUGGUGGUGAUUAUGAAGGGCUUUAUUUAAAAUUAGGAAGGUUUACUGUUGAUCCAGCACGUACAGACUUUAUAGUGUUGCCUAAACCUACCAGAACUGUGACGGCAACCGCUGGAAAUGAUGACGCGUGGUUACCGCAAUGGGCUGUAGCUGUUAUGGUUAUUGGCCUUGCUUCAUUACUUUUCGUAUUAAUAUUUGGCAUAACAGUGCUCGUAAGUCGUAAUAAAAAUAAUAAAAAAGUACCUCCACCAACUCUACAAGCAUCCAUGAUUUCUGAUGACCAAAAUCAACAUAUUUAUGGCACGGGUAAAAAUGGUCCAACAACUGGAAGUCGUCAUAUGAUGCAUCAUCCACCGUCCCAUUCCAAUUCCCAAUAUAACAUCAGCUCAUAUGGUUACGAUAAUUAUGCGAUUGAUGAUGACAUGAUGAUGUUGGAUGAAGACGAUUUAGAAGACGUGGAUCGUUUGUACGACAUGGAUGCGGUUUGGUCCGACCAUGACCAUGAAAAAGUCAAAGUUCCACCUAAUAUUCCAGGGAAAAAGCACCGAGACACACAACACGGUGGUCACUAUGAUAGUUGGCGGUCAACAGCGUUGGCGCCUCAGACACUAACACCAGUUCAAACUGGAUAUUACACUGGUGGUAGCGGUUAUGGUUACGGCACAGAUCCAAGUGGUUACGGAGCUGAGAGACGGCAUUAUCAUCGAGAAGCCACGUCAGCUUCAAAUCCACGAUCGCAUCAUCAUUAUCCAAGCUCUCAUCAUAAUGCCAAUGCUUCUUAUACUACUGGACCGAGGAAACCACCUCAGCAGUAUCACCCCGACUACGACACCGAUUUUUAAUCAAUAUUUUUCAUUCGUUUCUAAAACGUAAUUUUCAGUUGCCAUUUAGGUUGAUGCCUACUAAGAAUUUCCAGUAAUAAAUUAAAAGUAUUACUGUGUACAUAAUAAUACUCGCUCAUUUAUUAUUUUUAUAUUCUUUUUUAAAUACUUUAUUUAAAAUAAAUUAUAGAUUUUAAAGUUAUAGGUACUAUUUCUUCGAAGUGAAUCAUAAUUUAAUCAUUAUAUACAACGUAUAACUCUAGUCAAACAACUGCUGAAAGUAAAUUCAAUUGUAUGACAAAACUAUUCGAACGGAAAUAUUGUGAUUUUUU